GCGUCUGAGUGGAGGAAGAUGGCGGCUGCGGGCGGCCCGGGGUCCCUCCGGCUCUGAGGACCCUCCCCGCCCCCGCACCCCCCCCCCAGUGCGGCAGGCGCGGCCUGGAGGCGCAGCGCCCCUGUUCCGGCCGCGUCCCCGGCCUCCUCGCCGCUGUCGCCCGUGGAGUGAAGCGGAGAGCGUGGCGCGGGCUGGGCCAGGUGGCGAGUGGAAUGUCAUGGCCAGCUCCUCAGACAGUGAUGAUGACAGUUUCAUGGCUGUGGACCAGGAAGACACUGUGCUGGAAGGGACAGUGGGGCAGGACGAGGAGCCCCACCCAGCACUGGAAGUUGAAAGGACCGCGUACAACAGGUCCAUGUCUGAGCUGCCGGAAGAGGUCUUGGAGUAUAUCCUGUCCUUUCUGUCCCCAUACCAGGAACACAAGACUGCAGCCCUUGUCUGCAAACAGUGGUACCGACUUAUCAAAGGUGUAGCACACCAGUGUUACCACGGCUUCAUAAAAGCUGUGCAGGAAGGAAACAUUCAGUGGGAGAGUCGCACAUACCCCUACCCUGGAACCCCGAUCACUCAGCGGUUCUCACACAGUGCGUGCUAUUACGAUGCCAAUCAGUCUAUGUACGUGUUUGGAGGCUGUACCCAGAGCAGCUGCAAUGCUGCCUUCAAUGAUCUCUGGAGACUUGACCUAAAUAGCAAAGAGUGGAUCCGACCUUUGGCUUCAGGGUCGUAUCCUUCCCCGAAGGCCGGCGCGACUUUGGUCGCGUACAAGGACCUGCUGGUGCUGUUUGGUGGUUGGACACGGCCGAGCCCUUACCCUCUGCACCAGCCAGAGAGGUUCUUUGACGAGAUACACACGUAUUCACCCUCUAAAAACUGGUGGAACUGCAUUGUGACUACCCAUGGACCACCUCCCAUGGCCGGCCAUUCCUCCUGUGUGGUAGACGAUAAAAUGAUUGUCUUUGGAGGCUCCUUAGGGUCCCGGCAAAUGAGUAAUGAUGUCUGGGUCCUUGACCUUGAACAGUGGGCGUGGUCCAAGCCAAACAUCUCUGGCCCCAGUCCCCAUCCACGAGGAGGCCAGUCUCAGAUUGUUAUAGAUGACUCGACUAUCUUAAUCCUUGGAGGGUGUGGCGGUCCCAAUGCUUUGUUCAAGGACGCCUGGUUGUUGCACAUGCACCCGGGCCCCUGGGCCUGGCAGCCGCUCAGGGUGGAGAAUGAAGACCACGGAGCUCCGGAACUGUGGUGCCACCCGGCUUGUCGGGUGGGGCAGUGUGUGGUAGUCUUCAGCCAAGCUCCGAGUGGGAGAGCCCCGCUCAGCCCGAGUUUGAACUCCCGCCCAUCUCCCAUCAGUGCCACUCCUCCGGCCCUGGUCCCCGAAACCCGUGAGUACCGUUCUCAGUCCCCAGUGAGGAGCACGGACGAGGCCCCUUGUGUUAACGGCCGGUGGGGAACACUGAGACCCAGAGCUCAGAGACAGACGCCGUCGAGUUCCCGGGAAGGGAGCCUGUCGCCGGCCAGAGGAGAUGGCUCUCCCGUCCUCAAUGGUGGCAGCUUGUCGCCGGGAACAGCAGCCGUGGGCGGCUCUUCGUCGGACAGCCCUGUGCAGGCCGUAUCUCCGAGCACUCCAUCUGCCACUGAAGGGUACGACCUAAAAAUGGGUCUCUCCUCGGCCCCCCGCCGAGGGUCACUACCAGAUCAGAAAGACCUGCGGUUAGGAUCCAUGGAUCUGAACUGGGAUCUGAAACCCACUUCCAGUAGCGGCCACGUGGAUGGUGGGGACAACAGGACAGUCGGGGGAAACCCGAGGCUCCCUCCCGAGCAGACAAAUGGUGUGCAUACCCCGCCACACGUGGUCAGUGCCCUUGCGGGCGCCGUCUCCCCAGGCGCCCUGCGUCGAAGCCUAGAAGCCAUUAAAGCGAUGUCAUCCAAAGGCCCCUCCGCCUCCGCCUCUGCCUCCGCUGCACUGAGCCCUCCUCUGGGGUCCUCCCCAGGCUCCCCUGGGAGCCAGAGCCUGAGCAGUGGGGAAACCGUGCCCGUCCCCCGCCCGGGACCUGCCCAGGGAGAUGGACACUCCUUGCCUCCCAUCGCCCGGCGCCUGGGCCACCACCCCCCCCAGUCCCUGAAUGUUGGGAAACCUUUGUACCAGAGUAUGAACUGCAAGCCCAUGCAGAUGUAUGUGCUGGACAUCAAUGACACCAAGGAGAAGGGAAGGGUCAAGUGGAAAGUCCUCACUAGUGGCUCUGUGGUGGGGCCUCCAGAAACCAGCCUGCACACGGUGGUGCAGGGCAGGGGCGAGCUCAUCAUAUUCGGAGGCCUCAUGGACAAGAAGCAGAAUGUCAAGUACUAUCCAAAAACAAACGCCUUGUACUUUGUGCGAGCCAAAAGAUGAUAUGCUCUGAACCCUUCUCCCUUUCCGUGGCUUUUCAUUUGGACUUUUCCCGUGUAUGAGCAUGUGGACUGAGAAUUGGGGAAACCAAGGACAGAAUUGCUCCCAUAAACCAAAACCCAGAUCCCCAACCUCACUCACUCCAGGCUGGGAUCAAAUCUCCACUAAGAAAGAAAUGAUAUAUAAGCAUAGAUUAUAUAGACAACUCUGUUUACACUGGGGGUGGGGGGAGAGCUCCAUCCUGGGUCAGAUAAAAUUGUUGCUGUGUUUUA